AUGGAGCAAAGUAUCACUCCUAAAACUACCACUACACUUGAAGAAUUGCUAGCGGACAAAGACCUUGCAUCUUCCGGAGCUAAGACUCAAUAUGAUGAAAAUCAAGAGUGCUACUGCAAGUGCCUCAAAGAGUUUUUAAUGGGGGAUCAAAAAAAAUGUUUGGAAGAGAUGCUCUCCUGCAACCUGUUGAAUCCCCAAACCUUGCACACCGACUUCAAGGUCUGGAAACUAUUUGUAAGCGCAUGCAGGGAUGCUAAGUUGGACGAUCUCGGACAGAGCGUGGUAAAAGUUAUCAGAUCUUCGUUUGCCGAUCCCGACUUCUCAACAUAUGAUCGAUUAUUAGAAAUGGAACCGCUGAGCGAGCGUAUUGCGGGAAAGCUGGCCUUUUUAGAGUGCUCCUUUAAAGUGAAUAAGCUUGAUGAUACAAGUAGAUCGAUGGGAUUACUGGAUCAACAUGCCAAGGAUCUGAUACGCGAUAGCUGUGGACUCGUUCAGACGUCAGAGGAUGCAAAGCAACUUUACAAUUUGGUGGUAUUUUAUAUAUUCUACAUCAAAGUGCAAGGAAUGCGAAUGAGAAUCUCGCUGUCACUGUACACAUCCCUGUGUGACGAAAUGCCCCUAGUGAGAGAUGUAUUGAGGGGAAAUCCUGCAGGCCCCGAAUACGCACUUCCGCAAGACCCCGAUUACACAUUCACGAUGGAGACUUGUAUUUCAAAUCAACUUAAAGGCAUGGUAGAGAAAAAGAAAGCCAAAUAUGCAGGUGGCUGUCAAACAAACCGGCGCAAGUCUCAAACUAUUAAGAGUUCGCAAACACCACGGCAAGAAUUGCCCCUAGCGACAAGCGCGCGACCAAACGAAACAUCAAGCAGCUCAAAAAAUACUGAGAGCCAGGUCUCGAUCCGCUUCACGUUAAGCUGGAUCCAGUCCUACUGCUCUAAACUAUGGUCACUGAUAAUGAACGGAAAUUUCGCACCAAUCGCAGUUUUGGCAGUAAUUUUUACCUUAAAAUAUGCCAAAAUGCUUAAAAGAUUUAAUAAAACUGCACCCAAAUUGACUAAACGCCUUUGGACUUUGCUGGACUUCUUGAUGAAUAUCUAA